GGAGUGAAUGUUCCGGGUCAGACUGAGAGGAAAUUAACUCUGGGACAAGGAAAACAGUAGGUUACACGAAAUAAAACAGAGAUGUGAUCGUUUUCUGGACACGAUUAGAAAAACUACUAACAUCCCAGUGGCGACGUGAUAAAGAUAAAGAACCAAGCGAAAAUCAGGUGUCUACAACUAUUCAAAGUGAGAUAGACAGCGUAUGUAUUCCAUGGUGUCCAGUGCAAUUUAUUUACGCCUGUGGAGGUGGUUUCGAUGUUUGUUUUCUUUGAAAAUUCGUUCGAAUAGCAAGAAGGUGUUUGGCAAGCCAUCUAGCUAGUUCAGUACGAAUAGUAGCUGUCCGUAUUCAGUUGCGCCUUCCGUUUAUUUUAUUUUACGUCUUUUCGGGCUAUUUUUUAAGAACGGAUUUUGCCAUCACCCCGUGAUGUUUCAGUGUAUACCCCUGUGGCGGUGCAAUCGUCAUGUUGAAUUGAUCGAUAAGCGACACUGUUCUCUGUUAUACGUUCCGGAUGAGAUCUACCGCUACAGUCGGAGUUUGGAGGAGCUUUUGCUGGAUGCUAACCAACUCAGUGACUUGCCCAAGCCAUUUUUUCAGCUGCUAAAGCUACGAAAGCUGGGCCUGAGUGACAACGAGAUCCAAAGACUUCCUCCAGAAAUUGCAAACUUCAUGCAGCUGGUAGAACUUGAUGUCUCUCGUAAUGACAUCAUGGAAAUUCCAGAGAGCAUUUCUAACUGUAAAGCUCUCCAAGUAGCAGACUUUAGUGGAAACCCAUUAACAAGAUUGCCUGAGAGUUUUCCAGAGCUUCAGAAUUUAACAUGCCUUUCCAUCAAUGACAUUUCGUUGCAGGCUCUUCCCGAAAACAUUGGAAACCUCUCCAACUUGGUAUCACUGGAACUCAGAGAGAAUCUGCUGACAUAUUUACCAGAGUCACUAUCGCUACUUCACAGACUUGAAGAACUUGACCUAGGGAACAAUGAACUUUACAAUUUGCCAGAAACAAUAGGAUGUCUUGUCAGCUUAAAGGACUUGUGGCUGGAUGGAAACCAGUUGGCUGAAAUACCUGCAGAGAUGGGCAGCAUGAAAAGCCUCCUGUGUCUAGAUGUAUCAGAGAACAAGCUGGAGCACCUUCCAGAAGAGAUGGGUGGCCUGGUCUCCCUUACUGACCUGCUGGUGUCCCAGAACCUCAUCAAUGCUCUGCCAGAGGGCAUAGGAAAACUAAGGCGACUGUCGAUAUUGAAAGCAGACCAGAAUCGGCUUGCCCAGCUACCAGAGAGCAUUGGCAACUGUGAGAGUCUCACUGAACUGGUGCUCACUGAGAAUCGGCUACAGAGUUUGCCAAGAAGUAUUGGUAAACUAAAGAGACUUUCCAACUUCAACUGUGAUAGGAACCGACUAGCGUCAUUGCCAAAAGAGAUUGGAGGCUGCAGUAGCCUGAAUGUCUUCUGUGUUCGAGGGAACAGGCUGACAAGAAUUCCCUCUGAGAUCUCUCAGGCCACAGAACUGCAUGUGUUUGAUGUGUCUGGAAAUAGACUACUCCACCUACCCAUAUCUCUGACCAUGCUGCGACUCAAGGCCCUGUGGCUGUCAGAGAACCAGUCUCAGCCUCUACUCACCUUCCAGAAUGACAUGGAUCCAGAGUCGGGGGAAAAAGUGCUCACCUGUGUUCUCCUGCCCCAGCAGCCUUUAGAACCUGACAGUAAAGGCUCAGACAACCUUGCUCGCUGCGGUGCUCUGGAAAGCCUGGUGAAUGACGUGGUGGAUGACACCUGGGAUGACAGGGCCAUGAACAGGAUCAGUGCCAUCCACUUCCUGGAUGAUAACGAUGACGAGGAUGAUGAAAAGGGAACGCUGAUGCGACGGGCCACUCCUCACCCAGGCGAGCUGAAGACUAUGAAGAAAGCAGCGGAGAACCUCCGCAACGACCUGAACGCUGCCAAAGGCCUGGAUUCCAACAAAAACGAGGUCAAUAAUGCUACAGUCACCACGUCUGUGUGACUCUUACCUCAGAAACAUUCUUACCUCUUGUUUCUCUCACCAUGUUCUCCUGCCCAACCCCUUGAACCUACUUUUCCCCACAAACCCCUCUGCGAUCUACCUACCCCUCCUGCAGCUCAUCCCUGGGACUCUGCUGUGAUCCUCUUGUCCAGUAUCUUACUUCAUCUCCAAUACCCUGCACGGUAUCUGGCUCAGACUACCAGGGCCCAUGUGCCUUCUUUUCAAACUAUUGUGCUAUCUUUUCAAACAGCAAUAAUAUGAACAGGUGUGUUCCUUUUUAAAGGUAUUUUUUAAAGUUAGUGCUUUUUAAAGAUGUAUUUUUUCCUUCUUUUUUUUUUACAGACAAUGGGUAGUUGCACUACUGUAAGUCUUAAGUAUAUUAAAUAUUGUUGACAUCUUUAUAUAUAUUUGUUUUAUUUUUUAAAUACUGGGGGAAUAUUUCUUUUUACAUUUUGGGGAUACUUAGUUUUUGGACCUACUGAUUUAAGGAUUAUUGUAUAGUCAUUUGUGAAUAUCGAUAUUUUAUACUUUUUGGCAGCUCAGAUGGUGUAAAUUAAAACAAUGUAUAGCAAGUUUCUUAAACUAUCGCAGAAUUUAAAAAAUGUUAUCUUGGUAUUUGGUACGUAUUUUAUUUCCUUUUUAGUGUUUUCCUUUUAAGUAAAAAAAAUAAAAUAAAAUGCAGUUGCUAAUGUCUUAUCAAAACAAUAUAAUUCCCUUUGGGUGAGUAGACAGCCUCAAAUCUUCUUUUCUACUCCAUUGUCUAACUUCUUAAUCAAAUCCUAAACUCAUUUUUAUAUAGACAUGUUUGGUAAUUUUGUAAUUAAGUUUGGAACAUGUACCGUAACCACUCUCCCUCUUACUUUCUUUCAUUGCGAUUCACUGCUUUGAAAUGUUUUCUUAAUACCAGAUACCAGAAACAGCUGCAUUUUAACAUUUGUCACUUUCUCCCUUUAACACAUGAGCUUAGACUUUCAAUGGCCAAUUUCAUUACAAACAAGGUAAUAAGAACCAGGGUGGAAUCUUUUGAAAAUGCAGUUUAAGCAUACACUAAUGCACUUCUUAGUUUAUUGCGUCUUAAUAAAACGGAAUGUUCUUCAAAUGGUACACUACAACAUUGAUUUAACUUUUUUUGUUUUAAAUGUAUUUCAAGGAGAGGACCAUAUAAAUUUGUUUUAAUGUGGAUUUCAUCUUUCUUUUUAAAUUAUUUUCUUUUAAUGAUCAAGCUGCACAAAAACACAAUUUGAAAUUGGCAUGGACACUGAGCCUACAGAUUUGGAUGACUUUUAACCACUGAUAAAAUAAAAUGGGUUUAAAACCAAACAUGAUUCGUUAUUCCCCUUAACUUCGUUUUUAGUCCAUUAGUCUUUAGUGUUUCAGCCUUUAGUCCUUUAUGAAAAAUGUAGACCUUCUGUUUUUGCUUCACCAUCUCACAAUUGUUAACACGUCAUCUAACGUCUCAUAACUGUUAACAUGUCAAAUCAUAAAUGCCAUAUUUUUUGUAUUCAAGCCGCACAUGCCCGUUAUCAUUGAUUAUUCUUAAAUACUGUAUGUAUUUGCCAUUAAAAUUGAAUUAGAUUUUAACCGUUUAAUUUCAAUUUGUUUUAAAGGAAAUCACUCAUAGUUUUAACAAAGCCCAUUGAUAAAAAGCUCAUCAGGGUGGUCAUUCACACGUUAGUACUUUUUCCUCAACCAUUCAUCUCCUGUUUUGUCCAUCCAACUUGUAUUGCAUGACUUGUAUAUAUAGUAUGCAACACCUCACCUAUCUGUCAUGUGCUGUAUGUGAAGUCUGCUUGUCUUGAAAUGAGAUUGUAAGUAUGGACUGCAUUCAAUGUUGCAUUCACAAAGUUUAAAUUCCAUGUGUUUAUCUCAAGUAGAUGUUUAUAUUGUAUUAAUACAAUGCAAUGGGUAUCGUUAUCCCUAACUGUUCCCUGGUUUUAUUUAGGCUUGUAAAGGCAAAUUAUACAUCCCCUGAACAGCUUGUAUGAUUUUCAAGUCUACAGUACCUUCAGAAAGUAUUCAUACCUCUUGACUUAUUCCACAUUUUGUUCUUACAGCCUGAAUUCAAAAUGGAUGAAAUAUAUUUUCCCCACCUAUCUACACACAAUACCCCAUAAUGACAAAGUGAAACAUGUUUUUAGACAUUUUUGCUAAUUUAUUGAAAAUGAAAUACAGAAAUAUCUCAUUUACAUAAGUAUUGACCCGCCUGAGUCAAUACAAGUUAGAAUUACCGCUGUGAGUCUUUCUGGGCAAGUCUCAGAGCUUUGCACACCUGGAUGGUACAAUAUUUGCCCAUUAUUCUUUUCAAACCACUUCAAGCUCUGGCAAAUUGGAUGUUUAUCGUUGCUAGACAACCAUUUUCAAGAUUUGCCUAGGGUUUCAAGUAGAUUUAAGUCAAAACUGUAACUCAGCUAUACAGGAACAUUCACUGUCUUCUUGGUAAGCAACUCCAGUAUAGAUUUGUUUUAGGUUAUUGGGGGGAAUUAAUCUCCCACUAUCUGGUGGAAAGCAGACUGAACCAGGUUUUACUCCAGGAUUUUGCCUGUGCUGAUAGGUGAAUUAAUCUCUCCGUUUCUUGUGGAAAGCAGACUGAACCAGGUUUUACUCCAGGAGUUUGCCUGUGCUGAUAGGUGAAUGAAUCUCCCCGUUUCUUGUGGAAAGCAGACUGAACCAGGUUUUACUCCAGGAGUUUGUCUGUGCUUAGCUCCAUUCAGUUUCUUUUUGUAUCCUGAAAAACUCCCCAGUCUGUAAUGAUUACAAGCAUACUCAUAACAUGAUGCAGCCGCCACUAUGCUUGAAAAAUAUGGAGUAUACAGAUAGCUUAGUGGUUAGUGUUGGCCAGUAACCGAAAGGUUACUGUAUCAAAUCCCGAGCUGACAAGGUAAAAAUCUGUCAUUCUGCCCCUGAACAAGGCAGUUAACACACUGUAGGCCGUCAUUGUAAAUAAGCAUUUGUUCUUAACUGACUUUUUUUUUUAUAAAUAAAAAAGUGUUGUAUUGGAUUUGCCCCAAACAUAACACUGUAUUGAGAACAGGAUGCAUGUUUUGGAAUAGCUUUCUGUACAGGCUUCCUUUUCACUCUAUCAAUUAGGUUAGUAUUGUGGAGUAACAAGAAUGUUGUUGAUCCAUCCUCAGUUCUCGUAUCGCAGUCAUUAAACUCUGUUUUAAAAUCCCUGGGUGGUUUUCUUCCUCUCCGGCAAGUGAGUUAGGAAGGGCGCCUGUAUCUUUGUAGUGACUGGGUGUAUUGAAACACCAUGCUCAAAGAGAUAUGUUUACCCAUCUACUAAUACUGUAGGUGCCCAUCUUUGUGAGACAUUGUAAAUCCUUCCUGUCUUUGUGGUUUAAUCUUUGUUUGAAAUUCACUGUGGGACUGAGGGACCUUAAAGAUAAUUGUAUGUGUGGGAUACAGAGAUGAGGUAGUAAUUCCAAAAUCAUGUUAAACGCUAUUAUUAUUAAACAGAGGCCAUGCAGUUUAUUAUGUGACUUGUUAAACAAAUGGGUUUAAUAUUUAAUGACUCAAGACAUUUCAGCUUUUAAUUUUUAAUUACUUUGUAAACAUUUCAAACAACUUCAUUCCACUUUGACAUAAUGGGGUAUUGUGUGUAGGCCAGUGACCAUAAAUCCCAUUUUUAAUCCAUUUUAAAUUCAGGCUGUAGCUCAACAAAAUGUAAGUCAAGUGUUUGUGAAUACUUUCUGAAGGCACGAUAUCACCCUGCUUCUGAAGUGUUCUAGUCCUUAAUAGAUAACCAAUAGAACUGUAUAGCUUACUUCUCCUUAUCUGCCAUUUUGUAAAGGAAAUGUGUACAUCUCCCAAAGGGACUGACUCUCUGAUUUCAUCAUUCCUGGAAAGGCAGAGCUCACAGUUUCCCGCCAUGUCAGUAGACUUCUAUAAUUGAUUAAAGCCUCUAGAUUGCUACAAUAUC